UGGAAGGAAGCGAAAUCGGAAGCGAGCGGCUGGCUGGAGGAUUCGGAGCUGGGCCCGGGCCAGAGGCUCCCGGGAUGGACCCCGAGAGGCCGGGCUCUGCGCCCCUGCAGCCAUCGAGCGAGCCAGGUUUCGUGCCGCUUCCCUUCUUCCUCCGGCACGACUGCCCAGUGUCCUGGGACCUCUGUGCCUCUAUCCCGGCAGCCGAGAGCCUGGACUCCUGGGAGAGCGGCUUGCUGCGGGAUGGAGGGGCGCUGGUCAUCGCCAAUUCUUCCUGGGGGCAGCCGGGGAUGCCAGGGGAAGCUGGCUCCAUCUCCCCACAGCCACCUCUGGAUCUCUCCGGGUUUCCUUCGGCCGAGCCCUGGGACAUCCUCUCGCCGGAUGCCCCCGCUGACGCAGCCCCUGAUUUCAUUCACCCCCUGGUGGCGGCUGCUCACCUGGAUCCUGGUGCGCCUUGGUUGAUGUCAAGGAUAAAUGCAGCUGGAUCUACCCCUCCUCUACCACCUCUGGAUCCUGCUGGUUUUCCUUCGCCUGAGCUCUGGACUGGGCCCCACGUGGACGCCCCGCCUGACGCAGCCCCCGAUCCCGCUGCCCCGUGGCUGCUGCCUGCCUGGAUCUCACAGACGUACCCCCGACAUCCAAGACAAAUCCAGGUGAGGCCCCCGGGGAAGGGUAUGAGGGUGAAGCCGCUGAUGAAGAGGCUGCGGAAGGAGCAUGGGGUGGACCUGUUGGCAUUCAGCCGGGACGGAGGGUACCAGGGAGUCGUGUCCUUCCUGCAGGAGAUGCCGGAUAUCGAACUCUGGAACCCCGAGAAGGGAGAGAAGUGUCGUGUCCUGAGCUGUACCUUUAAGAAGAACGUCACAGACCCCCUGCCGCUACUCUGCAGCACCUUGGGCUCCUUCCCCAAUGGCCUGCGGGUCUUCAGCCUGAGGAAGGCCAUGUGGCAGAAGCACGGGGUGAACUUGGAGGAAUUCAGCCAGCAGCAGGGAUAUCUGAGCACCCUGGACUAUCUGACCAGGCUGCGUGGGAUCAGGCUGCAGGGGCUGGAGAGAGGGGAAAAGUGUCUUGUCCAGCUUCAGAAGGACUUGAUGCUUUUCUCCUCAGCCUUUUGA